UCCUCUUUCUUUUGCCAUUGUCAGCCGACGAAGUGCUUUAACCCAAACUAUCAACAUGGUGGCCGUUAAGAAACAAAAGAAGGCUCUGGAGAGCACCAACGCCCGUCUGGCGCUGGUGAUGAAGUCCGGCAAAUACUGCCUGGGCUACAAGCAGACCUUGAAGACCCUGCGCCAGGGCAAGGCCAAACUGGUGCUCAUCGCCAGCAACACGCCCGCCCUGAGGAAGUCCGAGAUCGAGUACUACGCUAUGCUGGCCAAGACUGAAGUCCAGCACUACAGCGGCACCAACAUCGAGCUGGGCACCGCCUGUGGUAAAUACUUCCGCGUGUGCACCCUGUCCAUCACCGAUCCUGGAGAUUCGGACAUCAUCCGCUCGCUGGAGACGGCCUAAACAUUUAUUUUUAAUCGAACAAGACGACACAAUAAAGUUUUGUAUGAGCAGAGAUAAAGUUUAAAAUAAAAACACUAUUGUUUUGGUAAAUUCAGUGAAAGCAAUGUUGGGAUUAUCAUCAAAAGAUUUGGCACGUGAUUCUUGUUGUUUAAGUAGCAUUUUAUUUAAAAGAAAACAUUGUCAUUUUGCUUUACUCCCUUAAGUACAAACGUUUUGUAUUCUAUAAAACUGAAUCUAUGACCACGAAAUUCCCUUUCCAUUACAAUUGGGCCCAAUAUACAUUACGUAGACAAACACAUUAAUAUGAUAAAAAUGUUAGCUUCAAAUAUGGUUUUGUUUGGUCU